AUGUCCAUCGCCAAGACAGUCCUUCACAAGUUUGUUGGCUACCUGGAGGCGCAGGCCUCGGAGCUGAUCUGGAAACCUCGGUGCUCCGCGACGAUCGCAUGGGAACAGACCCAGGGUAUCUCUGCCAAGAACAAGACAUCCAAGUACACAGGCCCCCGAGCGACCAAGGACACACGCGCUGCUGACGAGCGGUUGUUGGAGAGUUUGUUUAGGAAGGAGGAGGUUGUCAAAUGA